GAACCAAUGGGAAUGGAGCUGGGGGGGGGCGUGGGGGAGCCCCGGCCGCGCGGGGGCCGCUCGGAGCCACUCGGAGCCGGGCGGCGGCGGCGCGCAGCUCUGCUGCUCCAGCCCGGGGACGAUGACGACCGACGAGGCCACCAAGCCCGAAGGGGAGGUGCAGGCGGCCGCCCUGGCUGAGCGCGGGGAGGACAUCACGCCUGCUCAGGACCGUGGUGUGCUGAAGAUCAUUAAGAGGCCGGGCAACGAUGACGAGUCCCCGAUGAUUGGGGACAAGGUUUACGUGCACUACAAAGGCAAACUGGCCAACGGCAAAAAGUUCGACUCCAGCCGCGAUCGGAACGAGCCCUUCGUCUUCAGCCUGGGCAAGGGCCAGGUGAUCAAGGCGUGGGACAUCGGGGUGGCUACCAUGAAGAAGGGCGAGGUGUGCUACUUGCUGUGCAAGCCGGAAUACGCCUACGGGGCCGCCGGCAGCGCCCCCAAAAUCCCCUCCAACGCCACCCUCUUCUUCGAGGUCGAGCUGCUCGAUUUCAAAGGCGAGGACCUGUUUGAGGACGGGGGGAUAAUCCGGAGGAUCAAGAGGAAAGGGGAAGGCUACUCCAACCCCAACGAAGGCGCCACGGUGGAAAUUCACCUGGAGGGCUUCUGCGGCGGCACCCGCUUCGACUGCAAGGACGUGAAGUUCGUGGUGGGCGAAGGGGAGGACCACGACAUCCCCAUCGGCAUCGACAAAGCACUGGAGAAGAUGCAGCGGGGAGAGCACUGCGUCCUCUACCUCGGGCCACGGUACGGCUUCGGCGAGGCGGGGAAGCCCAAGUACGGCAUCCAGGCGAACGCGGAGCUGGUGUACGAGGUCACCCUUAAAAGCUUUGAGAAGGCCAAAGAGUCGUGGGAGAUGGACACCAAAGAGAAGCUGGAGCAGGCUGCCAUCGUCAAGGAGAAGGGGACGAUGUACUUCAAGGAGGGGAAAUAUCUGCAGGCGGUGAUCCAGUACGGGAAGAUCGUGUCCUGGCUGGAAAUGGAGUACGGCUUGUCCGAGAAGGAGUCGAAAGCCUCCGAUUCCUUCCUGCUGGCUGCCUUCCUCAACCUGGCCAUGUGCUACCUGAAGCUGCGCGAGUACACCAAGGCCGUCGAGUGCUGUGACAAGGCGCUGGGGCUGGACCAGGACAACGAGAAGGGCUUGUACAGGCGGGGCGAGGCCAGGCUGCUGAUGAACGAGUUCGAGCUGGCAAAAUGUGACUUUCAGAAAGUGCUGGAAGUGAACCCGCAGAACAAGGCCGCCAGGUCGCAGAUCUCCGUCUGCCAGAAGAAGACGAAGGAGCACAACGAGCGGGACAGGAGGAUAUACGCCAACAUGUUCACCAAGUUCGCGGAGAGGGACGCGAAGGAAGCAGCUAGCAAAACCGGGGUAGAAAAAGAGGCGGAGAAAGCGACUUGUGCACAGGGGCUGGAAACGGCCGGUGCUGGAGGCAAAGAGGCCGAAGGCCACGUAUGAUGGAGGGGCAGGAGGAAGGGAGAGCCUCCUGCCCUCAGCCCGCACAGAGAACGGUUUUUUGCCAGGACUCAAGGACUCGCCAGUGUUUUCUUGUAAAGCUUGUUACAGUUUGUGUGAUCGUGGAAGCAAAAGCGCCUCGCAAAGAAAAACAAACCCAGUCCUGCUGCCACGGCUGGGCGCGAGCAGCGGGACGGCGUGGGACCACCGCAAGCGGAACAAACAGCUUUCCAAAGGAGGGGGGGGAAAAUAAAUAAAAGUGGAAGCUCUUGGCUCUCGGGAGGUUUGCGCAGACAGCUCCUCGCAGCUCGCUGGACUUGGUGUCGGCUGGCAGUGCCACGGCCUGCGUCCUCCGAGACGAGCUGGGACGUGGGAGCGCUUCGGCAGGAUGCGACCGAGUCCUCCGGCAGAGGCAGAGCAGCCUCCUCCUGCGCUGCCUUCAUCCUCCUCCUCCUCCUCGCCCUGUGGCUGGGACGGGAGCUGCAACAGGGACCUGGCCCCCUGUGCUCGCUGAGUUUGCUGUCAGGGUGGGCUCAGGCUUCUCCUCUUGGUCCCCUGCACGUGUCCGAGGGUGUUGGAGCACCUCCUGCGUGCCGGCCACCUCCCGUCCCUCGGGGGAGGCGAUUCCCCCUCUUGCGGCUGCGGAGGCGUUUCUCAUCCGUGGUGACCCCUCUGCUUUAGGGAUUUACAGUUCGGCUUCAAAGCACUGUUUCAUUGGGGGAAUUUAUUUUUAUUUUAAGAGGCUGUGUUUGAUUUCACUGGAGGGUGAAAAAGGGUUUUCCAGCGCUGCUGCUCGCAGGUGCCUGAAUCGCGGCCAGCAGUGGGCUCAAAUUUUUAAACGGGGGGUUUUAUCGCUUAGCUGGGGCCCAGGUGAAAAAGAGAAGCAGCAGGUUGGCACCUCCAGGGUCAGGAAGCGAGAUUGGUGUUGUCACUGAGCCGGUACCGUGGGCUCCUCGGUGAGCACCCCGUGCCGGUGCUGCUGCUGCGACCUCGCCCGUCGCCUUCCUCCAGCCUGUUGGGUGCUGUCACCACCUUUGGAGAACAGCCUUCAGUUUGUUUUUUGUUUUUUUUUUAUUUUUACUGUCUGUUCUUUGUAAUACCCCUUUUGAAGCUUGAAAAUAAAGAACUGAAAAGAAAAAAAAAA